ACAUAAAAAUAUUAUCAAAAGAGACAUAAUUAUGACAUUAAAAUCAAAUACAAUUAUGAAGUAAAGAACAGCAUGAACCCCAAGACUUCUUUUACAAAGCAAACCAUGGACGGCAGCCAACACGAUCAUUUAUCGGUCAGAGGAGGAGAAUCAGUUAGGGUAGUAUAGUUUAAAGAGAUGUGUUUUGAGUGCAGUUUUGAAGGCCUGGGUGGUGUUCACCAUAUGUUUUAGUGUGUGUCUUGGGAAUGGACAGAAUAUGCGUGUCUGCAGAGGAGCGAAGCUGUGAAUAGACUCUAUUCCAUGGUAAAUUUUGGUUUGGUGUGCCGUGUGCCAGAAUGUUAUGAAAAGUUAACUUAGAUAACUUUAGUAACAAUCCAAGAAUAAAUAAAAGGGAGGAAAUCCUACACUGAAACUCAGAGUGGUGCGCUGAACCAACAUUAGCCCUAUUCCAAUAAUAUUAAUAUAUAUUAUUGUUAGUUCUUCACAUGCAGAGACUAAUGAUGACCCAAGUAUGAGCCUUAACGUCAGCUGUAAUUACUUUAAAGUUGAGUAGAGUUGCUCAAUUUUUCAGCCCUACUCUCUCUGCCUAUUUGAUCCCAAGGCAAGACUUAGUCAAAAUGACUGGAGAUAGACAUUGAUGCAGUAGAUGACCAGCAGUGUUUUAUUUUUCCUUUUUUUUAAUUUCGCUGCUCUAUACUUUCAACAGCAUAGGUAUGCAUUCCACAGCACAGGAGUUGUCGUAAUUAUGUUUGUUUUAAUGUUAUACCGCCCACAAGACUCCUUCUCCAGGUUUGAUCUCAGAGUUUGCCUUCUCUUAGAUGAGUUGCCCUCCAAGUUUACCCUGGGUUCUGGUGGUGCUUUUUUUUUGCAUGUCUAGGCUUCUUCUGGGGAUUGAGCUCCAGUUACUCCGGUCCACAAGCUUGGGAUUGAAUCAGUUUAGAUCACUUGGCCACCCAGCACCCAUACAACUAGCAAGGCUAAUCUUCAUACCCAACAUGAAUAUUGAUCAUUUGAUAACUUUCACUAUUGCCACUACUCUUAUUCACUUAUUCCUCUGGAUAGCUAGUUAAAUUAUUUUUUUGGCCAAAUGAUUCUUUGUAGUGCAUUAUACUAAGUCUUAAAUUUAUAGUUAUAUCCAGUUAUAUAUAGUUAUGUAAUGUAAGCUGAAUAAAAUAUAAAAUUAACAUUUUAUUAAUUAUGUACAUUUUAUUAUUUUGCUACUUAACGUCUCAAGGCAAUUUUAUGAAUUUUCCAGAAAUUAUUUCAUUUUGUUAAAAUGAGGUAACAUCACAUGGGGAUAGCUUUUGAGAUUUUUCUACAUCAACUAAAAAUUAAAUUAUUUAUAUUAUUACUGUUUGGUAUACUUUUUUAAAUGUUCAAAACGUUAAUUAUAUAUUUAUUUUCAGCAAAAUGCACCUCCUAGUGCACCUUCAAGUAUAUCACAAGAAGAGUUUACAGUUAGAAUUCCAAGGUACAAUAUAAUAAUUCUAAAAAAAUUGUAAUACUUGUUACAGCUUAAGCUUAAUGGAUACUCUGGAAAAAAAAUAUGAUUAUAUGGUUUUGCUAUGGCCUUAUAAUGAUGCUCUGUUUGCACACAGCCUAGUCAAAAUCACAAAGACCCCGUUGCCUCCAAAGAUAAUAACAAGUCAUUAACUGUCACAAGCAUACAGAUCACAACUAACUUACUUCACACCUCAAUAACAUAAAACUUGACAGAACACCAACCUCUCUGAAAACAUGCAGUGUGUCUUGAGACAUGUCAGAUUGACUGAUAUACUAAUAUGGUAUCUUUUUGUGUACCUUUCAUUUUAUCUCAUUCCAAAUUAUAUUUUCUGGCAUAUGACAAUCAUCCAAACACAAAUUAGGCAACAAAAAUGAGGAGUUUCCAAGAUCUUGUAAGAUGAAAAAUGAGAACUCCGUUCAAUCAAAAAGCAAAGACUCUGUUCAACUCACAUUCAAGAACUCAACAGUUAUUUAUAACGCACCUUUAUUUGAUGAAAGUCUUGCUACAGACUAAUUUUAAGGAACAACAAAAAACUCAAACAAGGAAUUUCAAGACUGAAACAAAUAUAUACAAUGAAUAAAAAAAAAUAAAAAAUUCCAUUUAUUUGAAUCAAUAAAAGUAUCUUAUCUUAUAAGUGAGUCAUAUCCCCUCUUUCACUACCCAGCCCUGCAUGAUAUGUGCCUUAACUACUUAUAACAAUUGCCAGACUAGAGCAAUACAAAGAAAAACUGAGGAACCUGUACAUUUUUCAUUAUGGCCUCAAGCUGAAGAGCUUAUGAAGAAAAUGGCUGUUAGAUCAGAAGUGUAAUUUAAUAAUACUCUUUUCCUAUUAGAUAUAAAUUUUCCUAGUCAUUUAUGUAAUCUUCAUUUACUUGUCCUGGUUGUCACAGUAUUCUGACAUUUUAAAUAAAUUUUUUUUUUAAAUUGUGAACUUAAAAUAUCAAGAUUACUGAUAUUUUCUGAUAGAUGAUGUUCGUUAUGCUUAUCCAUAUUUUAUUUUACUUUUAUAACCAGAGACACGAGAAGAAAAUUCACUAUGAUGAAGUUUGGGACAGGAUCGUCUGUAGAUUUUUCUAAAAUUGGCGAGGUAUGCUUACUGUCAUUAAGAAAUUGAAAAAUAGUUAAAAAUCAGUUAGAAAACACCAUCUAUUUUAACCCAAGUCAAAAAAUAAUUUCAGCCUCAAUAUGGAGGUAUUAAAAGUAUAAAUAGGUCUAAGUGUAGUAGAUUUAGUAUUGCUAAAUCUCAUGUUUAGUGGGUUUUUUUUUUAAAGAGACCUCCUCCACUUGAAGUGGCACAGAUUAAUAUUUGCAGUAUACUAAAAAUUGAAUUAUUGAAGUGGGGUUUGCGGUUUAAACAUGUACACUAUGACCUAAUUAACAAAUGAAUUACUGUCCUGACUUCAGCAGCCUGUUAAAAUAGAAAGAGAAAACAAUCUGAAAGAAUAUAAAACGGCAAAUGAUCUUGAUAUGCUACCCAAAUUUGGAGCAGGCAGUGAAUAUGGCAGAGACCAAAAGGAAGAAUCAAGACGUAAAAAGUAUGGAAUCAUGCUCAAGAAAUAUAACCCAGAAGACCAGCCUUGGCACCUGAAAAUAGGAAGUGGGAAACAAGCUAAGAGGUAUGUAAUAUAAUUUAGUGGGAAAUACUUACAGGAAAGAAAAUCUUCUCAAUCCACCAUUUUAAUUUAUGGUAGUAGUUUAUUAUGGAUUUUAAAAUUUAAUAUCACUGGGUUUGGAAGACAUUUAGAAUUUCUGGUGUGAAAAUAUUGUAUAAAAAGUAAGAAAUUACUUUAUGAAUAAAAAAUUAUUUCUAAUAUAAAUGUUAUAGGAUGUAAUUCUGAUAUUUUUUUUCCCCCUGUCUCUAAGAUAUAAAGGUGUCCGUGAGGGUACAAUUACAGAAAACACAUCCUACUACAUUUUCACAAAAGCUUCAGAUGGAGCAUUUGAAGCCUUUCCCGUGGAAGAGUGGUACAACUUCAGCCCGGUUCUGAGAUAUAAAUAUCUAAACUCGGAAGAAGCAGAAGAAGAAUACAGCAGGUAUUUUAGAAUGUUCCUGCUUGUUUUAAUAAGAAACUAUUAUUGGAAAUUCUCAUAAUUUUACAUUUAUUUAUUGAUGGGAUUUUAAAUAUUUUUUUAGGAGAGACAAGACAUUAAACUUCUUCAGUAUUAUGGUCAAAAAAAGAUUAAAGAAAGAAGAGGAUCAUGGAGAUGAUGAUGAAGAAGGAAAGAAAGGUGGGAAAAAAUCAAAGAAAACUAAGGACCUUGUAAGUUCAAAAGUGUUCAUGCCAUUAUUGGAAAUAAAUUUUUGAAAAAGAAUGAAAUGAUCUUUUCGAUUGUCAUUUUGUCAUUCAUAUAAACCUUUAUUUUAAAAUCCUAUCAAUUCCAGAGCCAUGGCAUGGACCCUGAAACCUAGGAUAUUUCAGGGGCCCAAAGUUCUGAUGUGAAGAAACAAAACAUUAUCACCUUCAAAUGCAUGGGGAAAAUAAUUUACGGGGUUCAGGGGGCCUCCAAAAGUCAUAGGACAUCUCUGAUAAAUUUUUAUCACUGUAUAAGAAACAUCACAAAAUGCCCAUUCUUAUUUUCACUCAUAUUAAAAAAAAAUAUUUUUUUUCCUUCAGUUUGAAGACUGGGAUGAUAUGCAUGUGUCAGAUGAUGAUGAUGAUGAUGACAAUGAUGAUGAGGACAAAGAAGGGGAUGAAGAUGGUAGGUGACCACAGCAAUUUAAUAUAAAUGUAUGGCUCAUUAUGUAAAAACGGGAGUUUUUACUUUUGGCCUUUUUCAGCUGCACUUAUUACAAUUAGAUCUGCAGGUUGUUGCUGUAGAAUUUUAAAAACAUCUUUUGUUCUAAUCUAUUUGCAAACACCUAGUUGUGGCUAAAGCUUUGAAAAAAAAAAGUACCACAGUCAAUAUGAAUGAUGUAUUCAAUAAUAUCUAUCAUUCUUAAUGUGCUUGUUUUGUCACUGUUUGAAAGAAGAUCAACUCAAUGAUCCAGUAAUCUUAAUGGGGAAAUCUUCUGUCAACAAGUGAUAAAACAAUUAUAUACUGGUUUUAUUUGAUAAGUACACAAGACUACCCAUAAGGUUCCAAUCACACAGAAAACAUUAAAAAUUUUAAUUUAGAGGUAUGCAAGGCACUAAGCAAACAUGGGUUUAAUUGAUAAAAUUGGGUUGAAUAUAUGUAAUUUUUAUCUUCCAAAACUUAAUAUAAUAGUUACCUACUAUCUUUUAAAUAUAAUGUUUUUAAUAAUAUUUGCUAGGUAGCAAAGCAAAGAAAAAGAAGCCAAAAGGUGGUCCGAAGAAAGCAGUAAAAAACUCAAAGAAAAACUCUGAUGAUGAAGCAGUUGAAGAAAGUGACGAAGGUGAUUUUGAUGACAAAGAGGUAUGAGGAAAUUAAUUUAUAACUUGAAAUAACAUCUAUAAAUCUAUUUUGUGAAGAAUGGUUGGCAAUGACACUCUGAAAAUUAGAAGAUUACCUUAAGCCAAGUGUACGUGACAAUUUAUCACUAUUGAAAUGUUAAUUAUUUACCAUUUAAUACUGUUUUCAAAUCUACUUCCUGUUUUUCAUGAAACAAUUUCUAGAUAUAAUGUCACUGCUGUCUUUUUUAAGUAAUUACAUAGUUGAGGGUUGUGUAUACUUGAUACUGGCUAAUAAGUUUUAAUUUGGUUCUUGUUGAUAAUAGGUGGACUACAUGUCAGACACAGGGAGCUCUAGCAGUUUGUCUGGCCUUGAUGCGGAGGAUGAAAAGGAGAAGAAGUAUGAUGAAAAGGGGGUUGACCAGGAGGCGGGUUUGCGGAAUAUUCUUGACUCUGAUGCGGAAGAUGAAGAUGAGGAAGUGGGGGAGAAGGAAGAUGUGGAGGAAGAAGUAGAGGAAAAAGAAGAAAAGAAAGAAGAGAAAAAGAAAGGUUGUUAAACAUGUUCUUAAUUUGUACUUUGAACACACUUCAUUGUAGUUAUUAUACCCUAGUUGUUUUACAGCAGCAUAACCCAUGAAACACUUUUUAGACCCAAUUAACUUUUGAAUGAUCUGAUAAAUUAAGCAAAAGCAAGUUAUAUUUAUAAUUUAGCCUUGAUUGUCCGGCCCUUGUAUCAGUUGUAACUUUGUCAUAUACUUCAAAAGCUUUUGUUGAGGAUCUGCUUGGGUGUUUUUUUGUUUUUUUCUAAGUGCAUUUUUUUAAAACAUUUUUCUGAAAAGCCCAUCUCCAAAAAAUGUGAAUUUAUGAUUUAUGUUCCACAAUGACUCUGCCAGCAGAUGAUGACAGUAGUAGCUCUAGUUCAGAGGAUGAUUCUGAUUUAGAGAAAGAUGCAAAACUUGCCUCUGCAAUAUUUUUACAGGUAUGAAAUUUUAACUUGUAAAUAAUUAUACAUAGUCUUUCACUCCUGGUAAAAUUCCAAUAUUAACAUUGUUUGUGACAAAGAAAAUUAUAUUUCAAAAUAUUCCCUAUUCAUCACCUCAAAAUUUUAAAGUUCAAGUAAAAUAUAUCCUAAAUUUUACCAUUUUCAAACAUGCUCAACAAAAAGAUGGCUUUGUCUUAAACCUAGCAGUCACUGAUUUUGAUAAACAUUAUUCACAAAUUUGAUUACGCGAUGCUUUUAUUUUAUUGGCAUGCAAACAAUCAACCAGCCAAAAAGUGUAUUCAUAUGCUGCCAGUGUUUAUUUGCCAUUGAACACAGUUAACUGGCAAAUGUUGAGAUUUUUCUUAAAGAAAACAAGAAAUCAAAGUAUCUUGAAGAAUUUAAAAAAAAAAAAAAUUCCAAGACUUCAUUAGUAUAAACAUAAAAGGAAGAAAAGAAAGAAAAAAAGAAGAAAAGAAAAAAAAAAGAAACAAUUAACUGGCAAAUUUUGAAAUUUUUCUUAAAAAAAAAAAAAAAUCAAAAUAUCUUGAAAAAUUUAAAAAAAAAAAAAAAUUCCAAGACUUCAUUUGUAUACACAUAACAGGGAGGAAAGAAAGACAAGAAGGAGAAACGAGAAAAACAAGAAACAUCUGUUGCUGGAGAAUCGAGUCAAAAAGCAGACCGUCGCACACCAACUCCAGACAAGCUUAAAGAGAAAUGUAAGGGAUUUAAAUUAAAUAAUCUGAAGUAUAAUAUGUAUUAUUUUAAAUAUCAGCUUUAAAUUUAAGCUUAUAUCCCUGAGCCUUCAAAAAAAAAGUAUUUUGUCUAGAAAUGAACUACAUGUUUAUAAAUCGUUCAAAAGUUCUCAGCAGUCAAAGCUGCAAUAUAUUUUUUUAGUGAUAUUUGUAUCAAAAGUGUAUUAUUAUUUUUCAGCUGUAAAGAGAAAGGCAGAAUCAUCUGAUGGAAAAUCACAGCCAGUAAAGAAACAUAAAUCUGAAGACAGGUAAGUGUUUUAAAAAAAUCUCAGAAUUAUAUAGGUCUAUCACUUGACACCUUUCUAUAUCUCUUCAUUUUUAUGCAUGUUUAAAAUGUUUGUUUAAUAUAUAAUUUUUUUAUUUUUUUCAGCAGUGAUGGUAUCACAGAAGAUGCUAUAAGAAGAUACCUGAUGCGAAAACCAAUGACAACCAAAGGUCUCCUGCAGAAGUUCAAAUCAAAGAAGUUAAACAUGAGUAAUGAGAAAAUCACGCAUGUUAUUGCACAGCUUUUGAAGAAAAUUAACCCAGAAAAAAGGACUAUUAACAAGAAACUGUACCUGUCUUUGAAGAAACCUGAAUAAGUAGAAGUUCAUGGGACUGUGCAAACCAGAUAUGUUGUACAUAGGCUCUUACUUUGGUGAAUGGGAAUAUGGUAUGUUUAUGCCUUAUGAAGGCUAGAGCAUCUGUUGUGUGAGUGCUUUGUAAUGAAUUGAUCAUAAAUAAAAUUUGAUAAGAAAUAUUAUUGGUUCUUUUAUGAUUCCCAAUGUGUUGGAAUGAAUGAUUGGAAAGUCAAGUGUUGG